UGUGUGUGUGUGUGUGUGUGUGUGUGUGUGUGUGUGUGAGAGAGUGCGCGUGUGCGUGCGUGUGUGUGGCAGACACACAACACCAGCAGCUGCUUUCUGAUCCACACGGUGUGUAUGUAUGUAUGUAUAUAUAUACAUCGGAGUGGUGAGGAUGAGGUCGGCUCUCGUCCUCCUCCUUCUCUUCUCACUCUGUUCCCUCCUUCUUCUCUCUCACAUCCCGAUCGUCUCGGCCUGCAACAAAGCUUUGUGUGCCAGCGACGUGAGCAAAUGCCUCCUACAGGGCCUGUGUCAGUGUCAGCCAUCAGAGGGAAACUGUUCCUGCUGUAAAGAGUGUAUGCUGUGUUUGAGCACACUAUGGGAAGAGUGCUGUGACUGUGUAGGCAUGUGUAACCCAAGGAACUAUAGCGAGACCCCACCCACUUCCAAAAGCACAGUGGAGGACCUCCAUGCACCCAUCCCAUCACUCUUCAGAGCACUCACUGAUGGAGACACUCCAAUCAACAUGAUGGUGGUGUCGUUCCCUGUAGCUGAGGAGCUCUCACACCACGAGAACCUCGUGUCUUUCCUGGAGUCUCUAGAGCAAGAGCAUCAAAAUGUCUCCUUGCCUGAGUCAAGCAUCCACGACACGUAUGAUAAAGAUAACCUGUGCACGGUGGUGUAUUUUGACGAGUGCUUGUCUAUACGUCAGUGUAAACAGUACUGUGAGUCGAUGGGAGCAUCGAAGUACCGCUGGUUCCACAAUGCCUGCUGUGAGUGCAUCGGGCCUGAGUGCGUGGACUACGGCAGCAAAGCAGUUAAAUGCAUGAACUGUCUCUUCUGAGAGCCCUCUUUGCAGACUGUCUCUUCUCACUCAUUCACACACACACACUCACACACAUAUUGGAUUGUGUUUCAGUAUCUAACGCUUUAUAAAUAUUACAUUCCAUCAUUUAUUGCUGAUGAUGUGUAAUAUGAUUUCAGUUUUCUUUCGCUGAUCUGAGCACAAAUAAAUGUGCUUAACCUUU